ACUUGCUUCUUCUCUUAUUCUAUUCUCUAUUUAAUGCUUUCUUAUGCACAUCAUUUGCUCAAGUAACAUUCAAUCAAUUAUUGCAGAAACUCUUCCUUUUUUUACCUUCUUACAAUCAAAACUUUUGGGUCACCAUUGAGAUUGCUGUAGUGAAGUGCUUAAUCUGAAAAAAAAUUUUAACCAAUUCAUGGCGGAACUGGUAGGGCCUCGCUUGUACAGCUGCUGUAAUUGUAGAAACCAUGUCUCACUCCAUGAUGAUAUAAUAUCCAAGGCUUUUCAUGGAAGAAACGGCCGAGCUUUUCUGUUUUCUCAUGCUAUGAAUGUUAUCACGGGGCCAAAAGAAGACAGGCAUCUCUUGACUGGCCUCCACACUGUUGCUGAUGUUUAUUGUGGUGAUUGUCGUGAAGUGCUGGGUUGGAAGUAUGAAAAAGCUUAUGAAGCAUCGCAGAAGUACAAGGAAGGAAAGUUCAUACUUGAAAAGUCAAAAAUUGUUAAGGAGAACUGGUAGCAUUUCUUUCUGCUCCCCAAUCCAUUUGUUCCCGUCUUCACAUCGGUUCGUUCAUGGUUUGUGAUGCUCAUCUUGUACAGGAAGUUCUUACCUUCACCCAUUUGACAUCUGUCAUUGUUUCCCCAGCUUCAAUGUAUUUCCUCAUGUUGUGGCCAGUAGUGAAAUUGUAAGAUAAACUGUUUAUUCCUUGUUAAUAAAAUUGUGUAUUCAUUGUCUGGUCUAUGAGAAUAUCAAGGUUGAAAUCUAUGAAGAACACU